ACGUCCAUGUUUGGUGGCGGGGUCCUUCCCAUCAACAAAACACGGUGCCUAAACGAAAUGCCACUGGUAUGAAUAUACAUGGAAGAAGCCUGUUUUUGUCUGAGAAACCAAACCGAAGACAUUGUCUCAAAAUUUGAGUGGGUUCUGAAGUGCAGUUGUUUUACGCGAGAAGCUGAUAAAACUCUUGUUAUGAAGCAUCUAAUUAAAUUACAGAUUCAUAGGUUUACAAACGCGAUGUCUCCCAACAUGCCGCUCUGUCCUUCACUGUCCUCCAGCCUUCUGUCAUUUCUCUCAUGAGGAGCCAGAGCUAACCCUUUUGCCAGGAUGGAGGUGGCCCUCUCUGCCCCGCGGAGCCUCUCAGAGCCUCUCAGGAGGGGGACUCCUCUGCCCCUGAGCCAGCUGGUGGAGGAGAGCAGGAGCAGAGACAACAUUCCCAAUCACCUACUGGAAUCAAAAAUAUAUGCCAAACUGAAAAGCAACAGUCUGAUCCAAGCAGAGCCUCCAGAGCUUCACUUCAGUGGGUUCGAGCUGGAGAAGGAUUACAUAAAGAUCCUGAAACUAAUCAACGUCUCAUCUGAAGUCAUGAAUAUUCAUAUCAUCCCCACCCAAACCAAGCACUUCCAAACAUCUUACACCAAAAAGUAUCGACUCAUCCCGGGCCUCGCCUACGCACUGAAGGUCAGAUUCUGUCCUGACGAGUGGCGAUACUUCUAUGACUGCAUUCGGGUUCACUGCAAGGGGGAAGAGAACCUGUUAAUUCCAGUUCAUGCUUACCCUGUCAUCGAUGACCUGCAGAUCCCUCCUCACAUUGACCUACCAGCCGUUCCACUUGGGCAAAGUGUCCGCCAUGCUAUUCCUCUAAGAUGCAGCUGCCCCAUUGACUUCGAGUUUCAGGUGUUUGUUGUUCAGCCUCACGAAGCCUUCUCCAUCCAGCCCCUCACAGGUGUGAUACCAGCCAGCGGUGAAGUCAGGAUCAAUGUGACCUAUAGUCCUUUCCAGUAUGAGACUUCUCAGGUCACCAUCCAGUUGGUCAUCGCACAGUUCAAUACAAAACCCUACCUCUGUACCAUCACUGGGAGCUCAGCCCCUCACCUUGCCUGCGGUGAGCUGGGAGAUGCAGUGCCUGCAGAACACAAAAGACCCUCACCUGUAACCCAAGCACCUGCUCAACGUAAAUCCAAACCCAGGUCAACCAAGGACGCUGACAAAUCAAAGAUGCUUAGAGACCAAGCUGGUGUUCAGACUGGACUGAAGGCUCUGGUAGACGUCUGUACCCCUGCAGGGGUGGCAAAGAUGCUGAUCAAAGACACCAAUAAAUUCAGCUCUAAAGACCUGAGGGAAGCCAUUUCCUGUGGCAGUAUGGUUGGUCUACAGAGCAAGCAGAUGAAGGAAGCCCUAUUCAUGAAAAAAGUGCAACAAAACAUGAAGGAGGAGCAAGCCAACCACACCAGAUGGAAAGUUCAUCUUGGAAAGGACCCUGUGUCAGAGCAAACCAGGAGGCAGGUAGUGGAGGAGAGAGAGAUUGCACUCCAUGAAUACUUGGUAAAAAGGGGAGAUGUGAGGCCCGAGGAAGACUUUGCAGCUGGAGAAGCUAAACUGUCCUCCAGACGAGUGCUUUGUGAAGCAGGACAGGCCCACGAGGGAGCCCCAUCCUUCAAGUCUUACUCCAGUUUCCAGUGGGAGCUGAGACAAAGAGCCCUCAUACUGUUCCAGCAGGCAGCGCGCAAGAUGGUGAUCCGAUGUCGCAUGAACCGCAGACUGACCUGUUUGAAGAAGCUUGUAGACAGUAUGAGGAACCUGCCCUCGUCAGAGAAAGUGGAAGCGGAGAUGACAUGUGAUCUAAAGAUCAUGCCAGAACAAGUUUGUCCAUUUACUUUCCCCAUUUUCUCAGAUGAAGAUGACCCACUGGCUCCUGGUAAUUUGGCAAUGAUGCCCGUGGAUCCCAUUAAUGUGACUGUGACAACACAUAUUCCUUUCUUCAAGCUUCAGGUUCCUCAGCAUUAUAAGCUUAUGGGCUACCAGCCUGUGUCAGCCUGGGAUGCCUUUAGCUCUUGUAUCCCCGCUACUUUGGCGAGACAACUUCGCACCGGAGCUCUGGACGAGCUGGUGUCCAUUGAGUUCAGAGAUGUUGGAGCCAAAUUUUCCACAGGGGAGCCCAAAGCAUGGGAGGAGCAUGAGCAAUUUGAAAAUGAACAGGCUCUUUCUGCACACCCCCUUAGAAUUUUUAACCCAGCUCCAGGCUUGCAGUCUUACAAACCGAUCCCUAAAUACAUGGAGAGCGACCUAGAGUUCCACCUCAGCCCUCUGCCCAGGUAUACAAUCCGUAAAGGCAAUGUGUGUGGCUUAAAGACGCACAAUCAGAAGAAAUUCCUGGACCACAAGCCACAGGAGGUGAUCACAGGGCUAAUGACACAGAAGAAUUUUGACUGUAUUACCUCCUACCGUCUGUCCAACCAGCCUGUCCUCAGCAGUGACUGUGCCAUGCGCAGGUCUGUGGAUUACAGCACAGAUAUCCUUCCACUGACUGCUCCUCCACCUCUCACUGGCCCUCCUCAUGAUCCACCACCACCAAUGGACACACCGUGUGAAGACUCGGGAGUCCAGCUAACGCCAGAGAUGAUAAGAGCACAGUUCUUGGCUGAGGAAUCUCUUGUCUCCAAUAGCAACGUCACCAGAGAAACAACAGCCAGGCACCAGAGGGAGCUUCAGAUGGAGGCGACCUACAGCUCUGAGUUCAACCACCUGGGACAAAGAGUGAUGAGCAGGCUGAAGCAACUUGGAGUCACCGAGGGAACUUCUCCUUCACCAGCGGAGGACUGCGAAUAGGCAAAACACCCCCGAACACUUCUUGAAAUGCAAAUAGGCUCUGUGCACUCACAUCUCACACAUGAACAAACACAAUUGCAGGAAUACCAGUAAGCGUUAUACCCAUCCUACUCACCCAUACAAGACUCUGCAUUGCCUGCCCUGCCUCUUCUGUAAAAUAAAACCUGGUUACUUUCUCGCCCACCGGUAAGCCUCCCUCCCACCCACUCAAAAUUACCAGUAAGCUCUUUUCCUGUGCACUUACAAAGCCUGGAAAUUCGUUAUCCCUCCGCCCACACAGAUCCAUGUAUAAGCACAGCUACAGUUUUUUCUUAGAGCAACAUUAUAAUACUGACAACUGCAGUCAGUUAAAAAUACAAAUUCUGCAUUUUUUGUGCUGUAGUUUAUAGAGUUUUAGAAGCCAAGUAGAACUGUAUGUUAGUUUAGCACUAUUAAACUGUAAUAUGUUGCAAA